AUGAGCUGUCUCGGGAUUUUCAUCCCCAAGAAGCACCGGCAGCGCUUCGACGAGGUGGUGUCGCAGAGCCUCAUCAGCAAGCUGUGCCGCUCCAAGAGCGAGCACGGCAACCGCCUGCGCCGCAGCCGCAGCGAGGACCAGCAGGAGCGGCUGCUCGUGUCCACCCGCGCCAGCUCCGUGCCCCGCAGCCACGAGGAGCUCGGCAAGAGCCUGCGCAAGACCACCUCGCUCGUCAGCAGCAAUGUGGCCUCGGGGGCUGCCCGCAGAACUGUGCGGGUUUAUAAAGGCAACAGGAGCUUUGGCUUCACGCUCCGCGGGCACGCCCCGGUGUGGAUCGAGUCUGUCCUGCCAGGGAGCCCGGCGGAGAAGGCUGCCCUCAAAGCUGGAGACAGGAUCCUGUUCCUCAACGGCCUGGACAUGAGGAGCUGCUCCCACGACAAGGUGGUGUCGAUGCUGCAGGGCAGCGGGGCCAUGCCCACCUUGGUGGUGGAAGAGGGCAUCGUCAGCUUCCCCAGCGACUCUGACUCUGCUGAGUCCCCGAGCAGCUCCUCGGCCCUCACCUCCCUGCAGUGGGUGGCAGAGAUCCUCCCCUCUAGCAUCAAGAUCCAGGGGAGGACGUUCACGCAGCAGCUGGAGCACCUGCUGACCCCGCCCGAGCGUUUCUCCGUCUGCAAGGCUCUGGAGGGCUUCUUCCAGCACCGGAACAUUGACACUCUCAUUGUGGAUGUGUACCCGGUGCUGGACACCCCAGCCAAGCAAGUCCUCUGGCAGUUUAUCUACCAGCUGCUGAGCUACGAGGAGCAGGAGCACUGCCAGCAAAAGAUUGACAGGUUUCUGGGGUACAAGGCCUUGGCAGCCGAGGCAGAGGCUGAGGAUCGGUACCGCAGCUCCGUCCGCGGCUCCUCCCUGUGCCGGGGCAGCCUCCGGACCCCCCGCCCUGAGGAGGGGGCAGCAGGCAGUGACACCGUGGAGGUCCCCGUUCGCCUGAUCCCUGGAGAGAGACAGGCUGGUGAUGGCACAUCCCUCCCGGAGACACCCAACCCCAAAAUGAUGUCGGCCGUGUACGCGGAGCUGGAGAACCGCCUGAUCGGCGGCUUUGCCGGCAAGGUGGGCAACGCUGCCCUGCACAGGACAUCACCCCCCGCCCCCGAGCUGCCACACGCUGCAGGUGGCCGCAAGCCGGGGCUGGCGUGGCCGAGCGAGCUGGCGAGCCAGCCCUGCUACUACCGGCUGCACAGCAGCGUGGCCUCGCCGUGCAGCACCGAGUCCAACCCCUACGUCAGCCUGGACAGCAGCCCGGCCCCGUCGCCCAAGCACCGCGAGUACUCGCCGCUGUCGCGACGGAAGAAGCUCUUCACCUUCUCCAGGCCCCCGCGCAGCCGCGACACCGACCGGUUCCUGGACGCCCUCAGCGAGCAGCUGGGACACCGCGUCACCAUCGUGGAUGAUUUCCUCACCCCGGAGAAUGACUACGAGGAGAUGAGCUUCCAGGAUGACCAGGGCAGCUACGUCACCAACGACGUCAGCAGCAGCGAGUACAUCAGCAGCAGCGACGAGGGCAGCUCCCUGACCUACUCCACGCUCUCGGACCACAUCCCCCCUCCUCCGCUCAGCCCCCCGCCCCCGCCGCCCCCCCUGCAGUUCCACGACCCCCAGAGCGGCCCCACCAAGGCUGAGGUCGCCAAGGCCAGCGCGGUCCCGGCCCCCAAGUCCCUGGUGGGCCACCUGCACCCCAUCCCGCCGCCGCCGCCGCCGCCCCCGCCGCCCACGGUGCCCUGCGCCCCCCCCCUGCACCGGGGGCUGCUGCACCGCCGCAGCGAGUCCAACCACAUGAGCGUCAAGAGGCUGCGCUGGGAGCAGGUGGAGAACUCGGAGGGGACCAUCUGGGGGCAGCUCGGGGAAGACUCGGAUUACGACAAGCUGAGCGAUAUGGUCAAAUACCUCGACCUGGAGCUGCACUUUGGGACUCAGAAGCCCACGAAGCCAACUCUCAUGCCUGAAAACUUUAAAAAGAAAGACGUGGUUGAAAUUUUGUCCCACAAAAAGGCCUACAACACAUCCAUCCUGAUCGCGCACCUGAAGCUGUCGCACGUGGAGCUGCGGCAGAUCCUGAUGACGAUGGAGACGGAUCGCCUGGAGCCGUCCCACAUCAAGCAGCUCCUGCUCUACGCCCCGGACGGGGAGGAGGUGCAGCGCUUCCAGAGCUACAAGGAGAGCCCCGGCAAGCUGAGCGAGCCCGACCAGUUCGUGCUGCAGAUGCUGUCGGUGCCCGAGUACAAGAUCCGCCUGCGCAGCCUGCACUUCAAGACCACCCUGCAGGAGAAGACCGAGGAGAUCAAAGCCAGCUAUGAGUGCAUCUGCAAGGCCUCCCUGGAGCUGAAAAGCAGCAAGAAGCUGGCAAAGAUCCUGGAGUUCGUGCUGGCCAUGGGGAACUACCUGAACAACGGGCAGCCCAAGACCAGCAAAACAACAGGAUUUAAAAUCAACUUCCUCACCGAGCUGAACACCACCAAGACCGUGGAUGGGAAAUCCACCUUCCUGCACAUCCUCGCCAAAUCCCUCAGCCAACACUUCCCAGAGCUCCUGGGCUUUGCCAAGGACCUUCCCACGGUGCCGCUCGCUGCCAAAGUGAACCAGAGGACCCUGACGGCCGAGCUGAAGGACCUGCACAGCACGGUGAGUGACAUCCAGAAGGCGUGUCACAGCAUGCCGGCCACCGCCGAGGACAGGUUUGCCAUCGUCAUGAGCUCCUUCCUGGAGAGUGCCCAGCCUGCCAUGCGCUCCCUGGACGAGCUGCAGCACAAGGCCAUGGAGGAGUUCAGCAAGGUGCUCUCCUUCUUCGGGGAGGACUCAAAAGUGACGACUUCUGAAGCCUUCUUUGGCAUUUUUGCAGAAUUCAUGAGCAAGUUUGAGCGGGCUCUCAGUGACGUGCAGGUGGGCGAGAGCCAGCGCAGCCCCAGGAUGACCUCCCCCCUCGCCUGGUGA